ACUUCUAUCCGUUGCGUAGCAAGGUUUUGUCUUUCGUGUAUGGUUCCGGGAAGGAAAAGGGAAGUGGUGUUGUGGAUUGUUUUCAUCGGCGAUAAGUCUCUUCUCCUCUGAAUUCGCUUUUCGUUCAAUCCAUGGGGAUGCGAGAACUCUGAAAUAGCUCCGAUUUCUCUUAGCUUCGCUUUUUUUGCGGCGUUAAUUGGGUUUAGAAUGCGGAUUGAGGUUGGUGUUGUGAGGGAAAGCUUCGGUAGUUAGAGAUGAAUGCGUCCGGGUUAACUGUUACUCCGCCCAGAUUUCACUUCCGUUGGCGUUCAGAUCGUUUCCGUACAUCCCAGAGAAGCUCUCAAGCUUUUACUGUUCUUAGCAAACUGAAUAAUCGAAAUUCUGCUUGGCCUGUUUUUAAAAGUUCUUGUUUGGCGCUUCCUACACAAAGAAGCAAUGCUAUGAUCACUCGUGCCAUGGGUGCUUCCUUUGGUGAUAUGGCAGACGAUUCAGCUGGUUCAGCUGUCUUUCCUCGGAUCAAUGUCAAAGACCCAUAUAAACGGCUUGGGAUAAGCAGGAUGGCCUCAGAGGACGAGAUUCAAGGAGCGAGGAACUUUCUCAUUCAGCAAUACGCAGGGCACAAACCCAGUGUUGAUGCAAUCGAAUCAGCUCAUGACAAGAUUAUCAUGCAGAAGUUUCAUGAGCGGAAAAACCCAAAGAUUGACAUAUCGAAAAAGGUCCGCCAAGUGAGGCAGUCCAAAGUUGUCAACUUUGUUUUCGAGAGAUUCCAAACUCCUCCCACUGCAGUCCUUGUCAAAACAGCAGCCACGUUUGCAGUUCUUGGCGUUCUAACCGUUCUGUUCCCGACAGAAGAAGGACCAACCUUGCAGGUUGCGUUAUCACUAAUAGCUACCUUUUACUUCAUCCACCAAAGGCUGAAGAAGAAGCUCUGGACUUUCCUUUACGGGACCGGAGCUUUCAUCUUCUCGUGGCUGGUUGGGACUUUCUUGAUGGUAUCUGUGAUCCCACCGUUCAUCAAAGGACCAAGAGGUUUCGAAGUCAUGUCUUCGCUCCUAAGCUACGUUUUGCUUUGGGUGGCUUCGAGCUACCUCCGGUAGCGUUCUAGCUAUUUUCUUUUCCCCUUCUUUUGGGUCACAAAUUCUAGUGUUAUCUCGGAUAUAUGAAAAACACAAAAAGAGAAAAAUGCAUCAUCAUUUCAUGUGACAUAGAGAGAGAGAGAGAGAGAUAUGAUUUUUGGUCUUGGAGUUGCUUUUUCACGAAGACCUACCUAACUUUCAAAGCUCAGUUUCCAAGUUGA